AUGGCGGCGCACACCGAUGGACCGUCAAUGAAGUGGGUGGUUCUUAAAUCUAUGGUGGUUCCAUGCAUUGGAGGCACCAUGAGUGUGGUCCUGGAUUUGCCCUACACUCUGUGUAUCUGGAGCUCUGCUGCAGUUGUCAUCAUCUACACUGUGCUGGGAGGUCUCUACUCUGUGGCCUACACUGAUAUUAUUCAGCUUGUUCUUAUAUUCAUUAGCUUGUGGCUGUGUGUUCCCUUUGUCUUGAUGAACCCUAACUGCUUGGACAUCAGCAAGACACUAAUGAACAACACCUUACACGCUCCCUGGAUUGGUGCACCAGGACUGAAGAAGACUGGGAUCAUGAUGGAUGAAUUCUUGAUGUUUGCAUUGGGAAGUAUGGGAUUUCAGUGUUUUCACCAGAGGGCGUUGGCAGCUUCUUCAUUAGUCACAGCUAAGGUCUCGUGCUUAGUCGCUGCUUUUCUCCUACUUGUGUUUGGAACACCUCCAAUACUGCUUGGGGCAGCUGCUGCAUCUACAGAUUGGAACCUGACGUCUUAUGGUUCUCCAUCUCCAUAUGAACGUGGGGAAGCGGCUCAAGUCCUGCCCAUCACAUUACAGCACCUUACUCCGUCCUUCAUCUCCAUAAUUGGAACUGGAUGUAUUGCUGCUGCUGUGAUGUCCUCUGCUGAUUCUGCUUUGAUUUCUGCUGCUUCUGUCUUCACCUCCAACAUAUACAAGAACAUCCUGAGGCCACAGGCAUCAGACAGAGAGAUUCAGUGGGUGAUCCGAGUUGCUGUGAUGGUCGUGGGUUUGGUUGGUACGUCACUAACCAGCCAGGAAAACAGUAGCUUACUCCUCUGGGUUCUUGGUGCUGAAGUAGCCUACAUCAUAAUCUUCCCUCAACUGGUCUGCAUCCUCUUCGUCAAUAUCUCCAAUGGUUACGGAGCUGUUAUGGGCUGUGUGGUGGGAUUGGUGCUCAGAGUUCUCAGUGGACUCCCAUCACUCGGACUGCCAGUUGUCCUCCACUUCCCAGGAUGUGUUCUUGAGGAUGGAGCUUAUGUCCAGUACGCUCCAGUUAAGACCAUCUCCAUGCUGUCUGCCAUUGCUGCCAUCGCGUUGUUCUCCUAUCUGACAUCUGUGCUCUUCAACAAAGGCCUGUUACCUGAGAAGUGUGACGUGUUCAAGGUGAAAGUCCAGCAAUCAGCACGAGAGCUGACACUGAGGGAGCACGUGAACAGGCUGAGGGAGGUGACCAGGCUGCGGCAGGUGGACAGCCUGCGGCAGGUGGACAGCCUGCGGCAGGUGGACAGACUGAGGCAGGUGAACAGGCUGCGGCAGGUGGACAGCCUGCGGCAGGUGGACAGCCUGCGGCAGGUGGACAGCCUGCGGCAGGUGGACAGCCUGCGGCAGGUGGACAGACUGAGGCAGGUGAACAGGCUGCGGCAGGUGAACAUUCUGCGGCAGGUGAACAGGCUGACAGUGGUGCCUGAUGGGUUUGGCAUUGGCUACGCUGUCCACAACGACUGGAUUGGCUGUAAUGUGUCCAGCUACCCGGCUCGCAACGUCCAUGAAUUCGUGCAGUUUGUCCACAAGUCAAGUCCUGGAGAGCUUACAUUGUAUGAUAUACACAGAGGGUUCAGCAUCCUGCCUCAGGACACUUCAGCAUGCAGAUGGGAAGACUGGGAUGGAACUGCCAACCCUUCUGUCUGGAGGCGGAUGCUCUCCCGCUCAGCCACAGAUGCAGGUUAA